GCCCAAGGCGUUCCGGCCCUUUUACUGCACAGCCUACAGCGGCGAUGGCGGGCAGACAGUCUGGUUGGAGCCAGGCGGCUCUUUUCCAGUUUCUUCUUGGCAUAUGCCUAACGGUGAUGCCACCCACACAGGCCCGGAGUCUGCGCUUUGUUACCUUGCUGUAUCGACAUGGAGACCGGUCACCAGUGAAGACAUAUCCCAAGGACCCCUAUCAGGAAGAGAAAUGGCCCCAGGGGUUUGGUCAGCUAACCAAGGAGGGGAUGCUACAGCACUGGGAGCUGGGCCAGGCUCUGAGGCAGCGCUACCAUGGCUUUCUGAAUACCUCUUACCACUGGCAUGAGGUUUAUGUGCGAAGCACAGACUUUGACCGUACUCUCAUGAGUGCUGAGGCCAACCUAGCUGGACUCUUCCCACCCAGUGAAGUUCAGCGCUUCAACCCUAACAUUUCAUGGCAGCCUAUCCCUGUCCACACUGUGCCCAUCACUGAAGACAGGUUGCUGAAGUUUCCGUUGGGCCCAUGUCCCCGUUAUGAACAGCUACAGAAUGAGACUCGGCAGACACCAGAGUAUCAGAACAGGAGUAUUCAGAAUGCUCAAUUUCUGGACAUGGUGGCCAAUGAGACAGGGCUUGCGAACCUGACCCUAGAGACCAUCUGGAAUGUUUAUGACACGCUCUUCUGUGAGCAAACACAUGGGCUGCUCCUGCCGCCCUGGGCCUCACCCCAAACCAUGCAGCAUCUGAGCCAGCUAAAGGACUUCAGCUUCCUCUUCCUCUUCGGGAUCCACGAGCAAGUACAGAAGGCCCGGCUUCAGGGGGGAGUUCUGCUGGCUCAGAUACUGAAGAACCUGACCCUAAUGGCAACCACCUCUCAAUUCCCUAAGCUUCUGGUUUACUCCGCGCAUGACACUACCCUGGUUGCUCUGCAAAUGGCACUGAAUGUCUACAAUGGGAAACAAGCCCCCUAUGCUUCCUGCCACAUAUUUGAACUGUACCAGGAAGAUAAUGGGAAUUUCUCAGUGGAGAUGUACUUUCGGAACGACAGUAAGAAGGCACCCUGGCCUCUGAUCCUGCCUGGCUGCCCUCACCGCUGCCCACUGCAAGACUUCCUCCGCCUCACAGAGCCUGUCAUAGCCAAGGACUGGCAGAAGGAGUGCCAGCUAACAAGUGAUACUGCAGACACAGAGGUGACUGUGGCCUUGGCUGUCUGUGGCUCCAUCCUCUUCCUCCUAAUAGUGCUGCUCCUCACUGUCCUCUUCCGGAUGCAGGCCCAGCCUCCUGGCUACCAUCACGUUGCAGACAGGGAAGACCAGGCUUGACAACCACUCAGUCCCCUUCCCUUUGCUCCUAGGGGAGGUUGGCUGAGUCUUCCUCCUGACUAUUGCUGAUCCCAGCCCAUGGACAGGAUCCCUGGGGCUUGGCCUCCCUAAUUACCUAAGCCCAAGUGAAUGGCUGAGGCUCGGCUGGGUGCAUGCCACCUGUGACUCACCAUCUCCACACCUGACGUUUACCGUGGACUAUGUGGACACUGGCUUUCUCCAGAUGGGAUUUGCCUCUUCUAUACUCCCUAAGGACUUGAGAGACAGAGAAGCGUUCAGGUUUCACUCAGGACCUGGGAUUAAAACCAAAAAACCCUAAGAAGCCAGUACUUGAUCUGCCUUGCUCUUCCACCAAGCCUUGCUCUUUGUCUUCUAGCCCACAUCUCUGGCAAAUGGCUUGGAGGAUAUUGUCCCUUAGUAACUUUUUAGAGGCAAAAACUGCAAAUCACUGAGAGGAUAAAAUAUGGCUAUCAAGAAACUGGGUCAUCGAACAGCAAAGUCCCCCCUUGGCGGAGGCUACCGUUAGUGUCAGCUGUUGGCUUGAGCAGGUGCCUCAGGCAGGUCUGAAAAUACCUGCA